AUGGACCCUCAAAUUGCGCGCCUCCUCAACGAUAAGCUUUAUGACAAGCGGAAAACCGGUGCUCUUGAGCUGGAACGCUCCAUCCGGGAGCAGCUGGCUCUCAAGGACUCCAAAAGGGUCCAGGCCAUCAUCCAACAGCUAUGCGACGAGUAUGCAUAUGCCGUUCAUCAACCGCACGCUCGUAACGGCGGUCUCAUCGGUCUAGCUGCUGCUGCUAUUGCCCUCGGAUCUGACCUGCCGAGAUACCUGGAAAUAAUAGUCCCACCUGUACUCGCCUGCUUUACUGAUCAAGAUGCACGCGUUCGCUACUACGCGUGCGAAUCCAUGUACAACAUCGCCAAGGUGGCCAAAGGGGAGAUAUUGAAGUACUUCAACCAUAUCUUCGACGCCUUAUGCAAGCUAGGUGCAGAUUCGGAGCUUUCGGUCAAGAAUGGCGCAGAGCUUCUCGAUCGUCUCAUCAAAGACAUCGUGGCUGAAUCCGCGGCCACCUACGUAUCGGUCUUGGAAGUUUCGCCGGUGAAGGACCCCGAAGAUGCCGAAGAACUCGAUGCUCGUCUCCCCCCCACUGCAUUCUCUCUGCCGGACUUUAUCCCGCUGCUGAAGGAACGUAUCUGGGUUAUCAAUCCUUUCACCAGGACCUUCCUGGUUGGCUGGAUCACUCUACUCGAUUCCAUUCCAGAUUUGGAGCUGGUCACGUACCUGCCUGAGUUCUUGGAGGGUUUGCUAAAGUUCCUGAGCGGCAACAAUCCCGAUGUCCAUACUGCCACUCAAGUUUGCCUAAAUAAGUUUUUGGAGGAGAUUAAGCGGAUCGCUCGAGUCAAGAAAGGCAUUGCCGACAGCAGGAAGUCCAAAGGUGACGGCAAGAGAAAGCGAGAGGAAUCCGUCGACAGCGGGAGCAUGCACAUCGCUCCUGACGAUCUCGACGAGGCUGGCUCCACCACUGUCAACGAUGACGACGAAGACGACGACGUCAGCAGUGAAGAUGACUGGGUACCAGGACAGGACGUCCAGGUUAACUACAAGGCCAUUCUGGAGAUCUUGACCGCGACUCUGGACUCCCCCUUGGAGGAGGCCAGUCUUCAAGAAAGCCUGCGAUGGAUCAUCUCUUUUCUGGACAUAUGUCCUGAAGAGGUGUUGCCUUUUACGCCCAAAGUUCUAGCCCAUCUGCUCCCGGCAAUGGCCAGCGGAGUCGAACCCAUUCGGCAAGCCGCGGCGAGAGUCAAUUCCUCGUUGAUGGAUUAUGUCGUCUCUCUCACAGAUGAGACCGAUUCGGCCCCAAGCCAGCCACCCUCAAGCCAGCCACCCUCUCGGAUACCGACAUCUCUCACCUUGGAUCGCCCCGAGGCUGGGUCUAGUACACGUGCGUCCCUGUCCAGUGCUCGUGAGGUAGAACCACGCAGUCCCACACCAGGCCAGAGUCGCAACACCACUACCCCCGCUCCGUCAGUUCAACCCCAGCCCGAUUUGGAUUACGCUGCGGCCGUGAACUCCCUGACGUUGCUGUUCCUGAACGAUCAUGAGGCAACACGUGUCGCUGCACUAACCUGGCUCAUCAUGUUGCACCGUAAGGCACCCCGCAAGAUCGUUGCAUUCAACGACGGUACUUUCCCGGCCUUGCUUAAGACACUUUCGGACCCAGCCGAAGCUGUCGUCACCAAAGACUUGCAGCUCCUGUCACAGAUAUCGCGGAACAGCGAAGAUGACUACUUCUCAAAUUUCAUGGUCAGCCUCCUACAGCUAUUCUCUACCGACAGGAGGCUGCUGGAGACGCGGGGCAACCUAAUCAUCAGACAACUAUGCAUGACAUUAAGCCCGGAGCGGAUCUACCGCACUCUCGCCGAGACUAUUGAGAAGGAAGAGGACCUGGAAUUUGCGAGCAUAAUGGUGCAAAACCUCAACAACAAUCUCAUCACGGCACCAGAGCUGGCUGAUCUUCGGAAACGUCUACGAAACUUGGAGAGCAAGGAUGGACAGAUGUUCUUUGUGGCACUGUUCCGCUCAUGGUGCUAUAACGCCGUUGCGACAUUCUCGCUGUGCCUGCUUGCACAAGCGUACGAGGCGGCUUAUAAUCUCUUGCAAAUAUUUGCGGAACUCGAGAUGACGGUCCAUCUCCUCAUCCAGAUCGACAAACUUGUCCAGCUCAUUGAGUCUCCCGUGUUUACAUAUCUCCGACUUCAGCUCCUCGAGCCGGAGAAGUACCCGUACCUAUACAAGUGUCUCUAUGGGCUCUUGAUGCUUUUACCACAAUCAUCUGCCUUUGCUGCGCUCAAGAACAGACUCAAUAGUGUCAGCUCGAUCGGCUACCUGCACAUCACGCCGCGACCGUAUGUACCUUCAUCCAUCCCUGGUCUUGCUCCCCCCUCGCACUCACGACAAGGAUCGGUGGUAGCCGAGACAGUCUCUUCUUUCCAGUUCCAGACCCAUACCCCUCGUUCUAAAAGCGUCCAUGACACUCAUGCUUCAUCAACCAGUUCUGUCACUACACCCAGCGCGUCCAACUAUGAUAGGCCCAACCGGCUUGGUAAGGGCCGCGAGGACGGCGGCAUUCGGUGGGACCAGCUCCUCGAGAAGUUCCGGAGCGUGCAGGAUCGGGCUAGACGGGCGCAGAGACUGAUGGGCCGUGGCGGCCUCGACGACGGGCCAGACUUCAGCGAGAUGCGCAUCUCGGAAGGCAUGGGAACGAAGGAGACAUCGCGACCAGCUGGACCACCUGUGCCGUCUGUGCCACAGAAAGACUUGGCGCCUCCGGCAGCACCGCCCAAGCGCAGUUCAGGGCUUGGAAAACAGUUUGGCAGACUGGGGGCAUCGGUCUCGGGCCGAGGGAAGCGAACACAGCAAUAG